AUGGCCGAGUCAGCCGACCACAAGGAGCUGUUAAAAUCCAGUCAAGAAGAGGCUGGUGAUAAAGUAAUGAUGCAGGGGCCCGGGAAACAGCCGGAGCGCGGUGAAGAUGCCGCUGCGGGGCCUGGGGAAGAAGGGGGAAAAGGUGAAGAGGCUGCUGCUGGGUCCGGGGAAGGUGGGGAAAAAGGUGAAGAUCGUGAUGAGGACUCAGACUCAGACCGUCCAAAAGGACUUAUCGGUUAUCUUUUAGAUACAGACUUUGUUGAAAGUCUACCUGUGAAAGUUAAAUACCGUGUGUUAGCCCUCAAAAAGCUUCAAACUAGAGUGGCCAAUCUAGAAUCCAAAUUCCUGAGGGAAUUUCAUGGUAUUGAAAGAAAGUUUGCUGAAAUGUAUCAACCUUUAUUGGAAAAAAGACGUCAGAUAAUCAAUGCAAUCUAUGAACCUACGAAAGAGGAAUGUGAAUAUAAAUCAGACUCCGAGGACUAUGCUGAUGAGGAGAUGUAUGAUGAGGAAGAGAUGUGUGGUAAUGAGGAAGGUCUGCUGCAUGACUACAUGGAUGAGGAUGACAGUUGUGAAGAAUAUUAUGAUUAUGCUAUAGAAGAGGAGGAGGAGGAGGAUGACGAUGACACCGAGGCAGUUGGAGAUGAGAAUAAAGAAGAGGAUCCUAAAGGAAUUCCUGAUUUUUGGCUGACUGUCUUAAAAAACGUUGACGCACUCACUCCUUUGAUUAAGAAAUACGAUGAGCCUAUUCUGAAGCUUCUGACUGAUAUUAAAGUGAAGUUUUCAGAUCCUGGUGAGCCUCUCAGUUUCACGCUAGAAUUUCACUUCAAACCAAACGAAUAUUUCAAAAAUGAGCUACUGACAAAGACCUAUGUGCUGAAGUCAAGGCUAGCGUUUUAUGAUCCCCAUCCCUAUAGGGGAACCGCGAUUGAGUAUUGCAUAGGCUGUAAAAUAGACUGGAAUGAAGGAAAGAAUGUCACUUUGAAAACAGUCAAGAAAAAGCAGAAACACCGGAUCUGGGGAACAAUCCGAACUGUGACUGAAGAUUUUCCCAAGGAUUCAUUCUUCAGUUUCUUUACUCUUCAAGGAAUCAACUCAAAUGGAAAGGAUGGAAAUGAUUUUCUACUUGGUCACAAUUUACGUACUUACAUAAUCCCAAGAUCAGUAUUAUUUUUCUCAGGUGAUGCACUUGAAUCUCAGCAGGAGGGGGUAAUUAGGGAAGUUAAUGAUGAAAUUUAUGACAAAAUUAUUUACGAUAAUUGGAUGGCUGCAAUUGAGGAGGUUAAAGCCUGUUGCAAAAAUCUUGAGGCAAUAGUAGAAGACAUUGAUUGCUAA